AUAACAUGCCUUUUUAUAGGUUAGGAUUCAUUUCAAUAAUAUCCUCUGCUGAAUUUUGUUUAAUAAUAACUGAAAAAACUUUACUUUGAGAAAAAAUUAAGAACUGCGUAAAAUAAAUUCUUUGGACAAAGAUAUAAAGUUGAAGUUAAAUUUAUUUGAAUUCUGCUUGAAAGACUAAGUAUAAUAUUGAUGAUUAGUCCAAAUGAAGACAAACCUGUGAUCAAUCACGAUGACACACAACCGUUUGAGGGUCUCAAGAUCUCUGACAAAUGGAAACUGUUAGAGAAUUUGGACAAUCGAACUACCUGUGUUCAAUGCAAUAAGUCACGGAAGUACUUCUGCUAUACAUGCAACAUUCCAGUUGAAGAAAUAAAGGAGUAUGUUCCAAAAGUAGAGUUGCCAAUAGACAUAGACAUCAUCAAACACCCGAAAGAAAUAGAUGGCAAAAGUACAGCUGUUCAUGGGGCAGUUCUGGCUCCCGAUCACAUCACCAUCUACACAUAUCCUUGUAUGCCUGAUUAUCCAAAAAAUGGUGAGGUUAUUCUGAUAUAUCCAGCUAAGACGUCUGUUUCUGUGGGCGAAUUUAUCCGAAAUUUAAGUAAAAAUCAAAAACCCACAGACCAUACAGAUACAGAACCAGCUAGUAAGCGAAAAUUCGACAACUCAAGAGGCUCUUUCAAGAAAGCUGUAUUUAUUGAUGCUACAUGGACGCAAAGCAAAAGGAUUUACAAGGAUCCACGCUUCAAAAAUUUACCCUGCGUAGUACUCGAGUCUAGGAUCACCCAGUUCUGGAGAAGUGACAAAAACACCCCAAGAUGGUUCUUGUCAACUAUUGAAGCCGUACAUCAAUUCCUAAUCGAACUACACAAAGCCGGAUUGACAGUUGACAAAACCACAUCAAUUGUCACGGAAAAAUCAACUGACAACAACCGUCUACAAGUGUCUAGCAACGAGAUGGGAGCAGGUAGCGAAGAGCUAAUUGAUGAAAAUGACACUGAAAAUGAAAUCGCAGAUGAAAUAAUUGAAUACAAUGGCGAAUACGAUAAUUUGUUGUUCUUCUUUAGGUUUAUGCAUCAUAAAAUUCACACUCUUUAUGAACAUGAUGAUCUAUUAUCAUAUAAACGACCGUUAAGUUAGAA